AUGUCGCAGGAUCUCGGUACAGAACCGGCACCCCAGCAGGUGCUGGUGGAAAAUGCUCUCCAACACUCCGUCGUCCCCGAAGAACGACCUCUCUCCACCUUUGAAUGGAUGAUCACAACCAAUGCGCCUAUUCUCGAGUCUCUCCUUCUCCAAAUCCCUACCAACACCAUCAUCGAUCUCUACCACACCUCCCACUAUCUUCGCACGUUUCUUCGAUCUUAUCCGACCGCAUGGAAGUCUCUCUCGUUCCGGCUGCUCUACCCAUCGGGCACGCUAGCCACCACUCGCAUCAUCGUACCGGGCGUCUCUGACCCCAUGACACCUCGCCAGUCGCGGCCCUAUGCCUUAGAUCAACUUCUCAUGAAUGUGGUGAUACCAUUCAGCAGGUGCCUGAAAAACCUGGUGCUGGAUAACACGGCCGUGUCGGGGCAGAUUCUCAUCUCAACCGUGUUGCAUGCACGCCGGGAAACAUUGGAGCACCUCUCCGUCCGGGGCUGCAAAAAUGUCUCCCUCAAGUACCAUAUCAUCCCCUGUCUCACAAUGUUCGGACUGCAAUAUGAUGUGGAUAUGGAGAAGAAUAUCGGCAGCUCUUCUCCGAAAAAGCGACUUGCCCUCAAGAGUCUUUACGCAUAUCGGUGCCGUCAUCAUCGUCGCAGACCUUAUCUUUCGGCUUCGCUGCUGCGCAAGGACUCCGACUCCGAGCCUACGCAUGACUUGGUCAAUCUUUGCCACAAACUGGGGAUCUGGACUGACACGGCCUGGUGCACGACUCCCGCCGGCAGGUGCUAUCGCAGACGCGGUUAUGUUUCGAUGAGAGUCCCCCAAGGCUCACCAGAGGUCUGGGUCGUCUUUGACCGGCUCUGGAGGUCCAAGAACUGGAUCGGUCCCGCUGAUUCCAAGGCUGCUCGACCACAGGAGCGGGACGGUAAGCUCUGGGAGAAUGGUGACACUGGGUUUUAUGGCGAAGCACUGGGUACCGGCGAGGGCCCUGACCUCGGCGAGGGCAAGAUGGUGCCUACGCAUUUGCGUCGAAGUCAUCGACAGUUUAUUGAGCAUGUGCGCUGUGACAGCUGUUUUGAGGAUAUCUCUGAGCGGUGUGAGCAAUGCAGCAUUCUGAUGCACUGUGUUGGGUGCCGGAGGACCCUCUGUGCAAGCUGUGCCUAUGAACGACCGUAUCUCCACCGGACAAAUUCCUCUGCGUCCGCAGCAAACAACUCCAGCGGAAAUACCGCGAGUUCCGCGAAUUCCAUAUGGUGGGCGCCUGGGGCUACCCUCUCUCCCAGCUCGAUGCAAGAUCCCGUGUCUAAUCCCAUUGACGACAACUUGCUCCCGGCGGCACCUCCGGUGACAAAUCCUGCUCUCAAGUUUCAUUGGUGCUGCACGGAGCCUAUCUUCUCCGGAGGGGGAGGGAUCAGCAUCGGGACUCCAAGUCGAGACGUGGACCAAGUCCGAGCUGUGCCUUUGCCGCGGGGUCAAGGCUGGGAAGACCUUGAGUAUACCGUCAGCGAGUGGAGCAAGACCUUCCCCAAAUACGCCUAUGGCGAUCCGAGCAGCCCCGACUACUCCCUCGAGACUGGACAUCUGGCGAUGAUGAAGUGGCUGCUGGGGCCGCCCAAUCGGCAGGUUUCGCCCUGUCCGCGCAACCUCUGCCAGGAGUGCUACGAGUCGCCUCAGUGGAAGGUGCACUGCAAGAGCUGUUCGAAACCGCUCUGCAUUGAACACGAUCUGCGUGGGCUCCGCCUGCGGAUUUGCGGCUAUCGAGACCUCGCCUUCGAGAAGAUGACCAUUCAGAACCGAUCCGCCAUGGACAUGCCGCCUGUGCUCCGCCCCCCUUUCAUCAUGCGGGAUGGCUACCAGCACCAGCUGCCAUACAGAACCCAGCGACUUUUCGGCUCGAACAACAGCAGCUUCGCUGAUGACCCACAUGCAGACGGCUUGGAGGAGACUGGCGAUUCGCACGUCAGCGAUCUGGCAGCUCGCCCUCUUCCCCGUCAGCACUCACGGUCCUUUUCCGCCCCUACAUCUAACCACUCCGGCUCGUCAUCUCCGUCCUCUGUUUACUUUGAUUCUCCUAUCGAUGCCCCUAGGUGGCAAGGCUGCCAGUCCUUUUUCUGUCCCCAGUACCGGGCCGUCGGCGACCACCGACAGCGAUGCCCUAGCUACCUCCGGGAAUGCAAGUCCUGUGCCGUGUACGUCUGUCAGGAAUGCAUUAUCAACAACCCGCCCUGCAAUUGUUCUUACUGCGAGGAGAACUACCUCUGCCCCAACUGCAUGAAAGUCCGUGCCCGGGAUGGCACAUGCCGUCGCCGCGAUGAAGAAAAAGCACGGCGCGAGCGGAAGUGGAAGAAAGACAUGCAGGUGCUCGAGGGCAUCCUAGAGCUCAAGGUGGCGAAUGAGGUGGCCGAAUUUGCGGGCCAAUUCUUUACCAGCCUCGAGCAAAAUGACCUCCCUCUGCUUGCCGCUCCACCAGAUGACAUGACCAACUUCACUGGGGAUUUCACCCUGCCUCCCGACGAUCCAACCGGGUUGGGGGUGCCUUUCGAUUUCAACAUGACCCUUGACGCCGCCUACUUCCUGGAGCCCAACUACUUCGACUCGCUCUACGAGUCCGAAUAG